GCGAUUGGGAUCUUUAAAAAUGAAACUGAAAAACCGAUCAUCUGUUUUCACAGGAUGUUGUUUACAAUUUAAAAGUUGAAUUAGCAAACAAAUAAUGCUAAUCAAUGAGCAAACACAUCUGAAGAUCGCAUAAUCAUGUUAAAAUUAUUGAAAAGUAGAAAACAUAGGCAUGGGGGAAGUCUUUCCUCCAUAAAGUCUAAUAUGGUAACCAUGAAUUCAGACAAGGCUGCUAUAAAACGCAAGCCCGAUCCAUCCGCCUCAGGCUGUAGUAUUCAGCCAGCAAAUGCAGAGACUACUACCUUGCAACAGCCUUAUAUCUCAGAUGAAUCUCCUAACCUUUUGCUUUAUAGAAAGAUGGAAAAAAUCAUUGAAAAAAUGCAAGAUGAGGCAACUGGAGUUCCAGUGCGGACAGUAAAAUCGUUUAUGUCGAAAAUACCAUCUGUUUUUACUGGAUCUGACUUGAUAGCAUGGAUGCUGAAGAACCUAGACCUCGAAGAUCAGCAGGAAGCCUUACAUUUAGCCCAUUUAAUUGCUGCACAUGGUUAUUUUUUCCCCAUUGACGAUCAUAUGUUAACUGUUAAAAAUGAUGGUACAUUUUAUAGAUUUCAAACUCCAUAUUUUUGGCCAUCCAAUUGCUGGGAACCGGAAAAUACUGAUUAUGCUGUUUAUCUUUGUAAGAGGACCAUGCAAAAUAAAACAAGACUGGAAUUAGCGGAUUACGAGGCUGAAAAUUUAGCACGGUUGCAAAAAAUGUUUUCGAGAAAAUGGGAAUUUAUUUUUAUGCAGGCUGAAGCACAGAGCAAAGUUGAUAAAAAACGUGAUAAAUUGGAAAGAAAAGUGCUUGAUAGCCAAGAACGGGCAUUCUGGGAUGUUCACAGACCAAUGCCUGGAUGUGUAAAUACUACAGAAGUAGAUAUCAAGAAAGCUUGUCAGAUGAAUAAGCCAAUGAAAGGGCUAAAAAAUUUGCAAAUUGGAGCUCCUAAACUGUCACCUUCUACAUCAGGUCUUCAUCCAAAAGUAACAGUGGAAUCUCUAAGAAAACAGGUUACACUUCUAAAAAGUCAGCUGGAAAGGAGAAAUAUUAAAGUAUCUAAAGCUGCAGAAUCGUUUGUUGCUUAUUAUGAACAAUAUUUGGAAUAUGAUCCAUUCUUUGUACCUCCAGAAUAUGCUAAUCCUUGGGUAUACGAUAACACAGAAUUGUGGGAGCAAGAAAAAAUAGCCAAAGACAUAUCAGCUCGACGGGUAAAACGAUGGGCCUUUAGUUUACAGGAAUUACUAGCGGACCCUAUUGGCAGGGAACAUUUUGAAAAGUUCCUGGAGAAAGAAUUCAGCGGGGAGAAUCUGAAGUUUUGGGAAGCAGUUCAAGAAUUAAAAGCACUACCACAAAGCCAAGUACAAAACAAAGUUACAGAAAUUUGGGAGUACUUUUUAGCAUCAGACGCUAAAUGUCCGCUAAAUGUGGAUUCACAUUCAUAUGAAAUAACUAAGAAAAACAUGGACGCGCCUGAUCGGUGGUCUUUUGAUAAUGCCGCGGCUCAUGUUUAUCAUCUUAUGAAAAGUGAUAGCUACUCCAGGUAUUUGCGCUCUGAAAUGUACAAAGACUUCUUAAAUGGAUCCAAAAAAAAGACAUCAGUUAAAGGAAUUCGCUCAAUAGUCUCAUUUUCGGCACGAAAAGAUAAUGUACCAUAAAUAAAAGAAAAGAAAAGUGUGUAUAAUCAAAUGAGCUCGUAACGAGACGAGCUUAUACUUAUCGACAAUACAACAUUUUAGCCAGCAAGGCAGAUUUUCCUAAGUUAAGUAUCAUUUUUGUUGUGACUAGGAAAUAACAUGGUUGUUUGCAAAAAAUACUAGUCACAACCAAUUCAAAGAUAUUUUUUAAGUGAUUGUAUUAUAGUGACUCAGUAUUAAUAUUUGAUAUUAUUUUGUGACAAAAAUGUUUUAGUUUUUGACUCAUUAAAAAAAAAACUCCUAGGUUUUAGUACCCUUAUAUUUAUUACCCACCCAUCAAGUUUUACUAACUUCAUAAUGUAGUGAAGUUGAAAACUUCAUCUAUCAUUUUAAUAAUUUUGUGUUCAUUAAAUUUAAGGAAUACAAAAUCUGCAAACAUUCGCUGACCUGAAAGUUCCUUUUCGUUAUUUCCGCUCAAAUAAAAUCCUCGGAGGAAGAGAGAAAUAGUCUUGAAAAUACUGCGUCACUGUAAUCAGAAAAAAAUAAGUCUAUUUUUUGUUUGAUCGCAGUGUCGGUAAUGAAUUUAAACACUGCCAAAGAUAAAGGAAGAAAACGGGUUUAUUUGUGAAAAUAUAUACAAGUUAUUUAAAAUAAAAAUGGGAUAGAUCCAUUAUAAAAAAUAUUUAGCUGUAGCCGAUUCUAGAAUUAUAUAAAUAAGAAAAGCAGCAGUUAUACUCAAGGUUUUAGUAAAUUUAGCUAAGACUGUUCAUUCCACUAUAUUUUUUUCGUUGAAUUAUGUAACUAGCAAUAAACCUUGUUGAAUCUCUGUAUAUACAUCGUUAAGCAAAAGUCACCCAUAGAAUGAUUGUAUGAUUGAAAGAGUUUACAUGAAAAAGUGAUAGAUGAAUCUAAAAUGUAGCAAUUAUGUUAUAAUAGGGCGUUAUUGGCUUAUCGCUAUUUAAUUUUUAUUCCCUUGUAUCACCUUUAUUUUUGUUCUCCAGCUGGAGAUUGCAUUAACCAAUUUUAAUCAGGACAUUUCCACAGUUAGUGAUUUUUAUUGUCGCAGAACGUAAAUAUUUAUCAUACUUAUACAUUGGUCGAGAAUAAGUUCCCUAUUUUAUUACGGGUUUCAUCCUAAACAAUAAUUAUUUGAUUCUCAGUGGCAAAGUCUUCUGAUAAGCCACAUUCUGGUGAUGGAUAUUAAAAACACUGGCUUUACUGGCCAAAAAAAAACUUACUAAUAUAAUCUGAACAUUCAGAAGACUCCUAUUUUUUUUUCUAGAAUCAUUUUUGAAUAGAGGUACCUACCUACCUACUGUAUAAAUCAUUAAUUAAGCUUAAACAUAUUCAUUUGUUCAAUUUUAAUAUUUUUAAGCAGGUAAGUCAAAUAUGCAUAAAGCACAUUCCUAAAAAUAAGAUAAAUUAAUUUCUAAUGUUUAAGAUAAAUCUGAACUAAAGCUCACUUGUUGGAAUGAAAAAAUACCUUGUUAUCAAAAAUCUGUUAUUUUAUUGUUCAAACAUUGCAUCCAUUGUUUUUAAUUAACAUUAUUAUACAUAUUAUGAUAAAUAUAUAUAAUCUGUUAUUAGACUUGAUUCGAAUUAGAACAGAAGUCCUGCAGUAAAAAGUGGAUCAAGAUUUUCUUUCUGUCAAAAAUAAGGCGAAAAUUGAAGAAUAAUAAUUUUUUAAAUAAUAACUGGAGCAAUAUUGAAUGUGAGCCUUCAUUGCUGGUCCUAUUUCAAUACUUGAAGUUCAUAUAAAAGUAUGUUCCUUGUUCCUUGUUUGCUUUAUCUUACUUUAUAUAUUUAAUUGCAAUUCACUACUGAAAGGCAAUACAUACUACAAUUGAAAUCUUGAAAUCAAGUGAAAUGAAAAAAAAAAAAAAAUGUCUUGAUAACUUUUGUCAUUGUUCAAAAAGUAGCUGUGACUGUUUUCAUAUUUUGUAAGGCUUGUGAGCAUGACAAAUGUCGAUCAAUUCCUGGUAAAUCUAAAUUGUAUUUUACUGAGUAGAUGGUUAUCUCCACCAACCCGCAUGACAAAUAAGGAUAUUUUAUGUGAACUUUUUGUAGAUAGGUAUUCUAGUAACUUCAGACAGAACCCUAAUUUUUAGAGUUUUAUUGACUAUGACAAUCAAUGAACGUAUAGCCAUAGCAUAAAAAUAUAACAGUUAUAUGUUAUAUUUCCAACACACUUGCACUUGUAAAAUUUAUACAUAAUAUUAAGGAAAAUGUAAAUUUGACAACGUUGCACACUGUUUAACUCAUAAGAAUUCUUUGAUACCUUGAUAGGCACCAAAUAUUUUUCAACUAGGCUAACAAGCCUUUGACAAAAUAAUAGCGAUAAUUUGCGCAGGAGAUGAAUUGUUAUUUUUCUUAUCACUAAUAAUAUUCGUGCUUUGGUCAUCAAAAAAGCAAGCCUUAGUCAGAGUCAUUGUUUCUUUUGUCUGCUUAAUUUUUCAACUAACUAAAAAUUAAAAAAAAAACUAUAAUGCUUUAGUUAUUCAGAAAAACAAAAAUUAAUAAUAGUCUUCUGGCUAUAGAUGAUUUAAAUCACCUUGAUCCACUUCUGAUUGUGAUGAUUUUAGUUUAUAUUCUCUGAAUAAUUCUCUCAAUACUUUCCUGCUAUCAGCAUUUAGGUAUUAUGCAUUUUACGCCUCUUUUUCAAAUUAACUUUAUUUGAAAAAAAAAAAAAAUACAAUUUUAUGUUACAUACUGUCAACUUUACUCUGAUUUAGCAAAACAAAAACCUUUGGUGUCUCAUAAUAGAUUUGUGUAGUCACAUAAUUUUCUGAUAAUUACUAUAUUUUUUAAAUUAACUUCAAAAGAUUGUGAAUUUUCAGAGUAAAAUUGACUGUACAUGCAUGCAAUAUCUUUAUGAAGCUGAAACACCGUUCAAGUUAUGAUUUUGUAUUUGUGACUUUGAUGUUUACUACUGAAGUGCCAUACUGAUAAAAUUAAAUUGUCAAAUUCUGAUCGCAAUAAUUUAAAUUCCAUAGAAAUAAACGUGAUCAAUUGCAUUGAUUAAAUAGGUCAAUCGAAAUUUGUUUUAAUUAAGCACUUUGAUUACUUGAAAUUUGAAGCUUUAAUUUUCAGUAUAUAGUAGUUUUUUUUCCUUACUUCAAGCUAUUUACGCACAGCAUGCAAUUGAUCAGUUGUUUAUUAAACUAUUUCCUGAAGUAGUGUAUUUUUUCUACUUGUUAUUUCAUACUAAUAUAUCAAUGCAAUAUUUACAGGUUUAAUAAAGUAAAAAAAUUGUUCAGUAACAAAAAAAAACUAUAGCCAUAUAGUAAGCUUUAACUAAUUUUAAAAUUAUAAAUAAAAAACAGUCUAUCAGGUCUUGCAAUGCACAUGCUGUAAGUACUAGCACGUCUUCCACAUAAUAAUGUUUCUAAUAUUAUUAUUAUUGUUCAUAAACUAUGACACACAAUGUGAGUUUUACCCCUAUUUUUAUUGCUCAAUAUUUGUUUUACUCGUUUUAGGCAAUUUUAUUCGGAAAUUGAUUAAAGGAGACUCUCCUUCAAUCAAUUUUCAUCGCUUUUCGGUUAAGUAACCGACAAAAAAACUUCCAUUUCAAUUUUAUUUGAGACAAGAAUCUCCUAUUUGCAUUUUCAAUAGAUACUUUUUUUGUUGGCCGCAUACCAACAGGAUUAAAUCUUAGGAAUUAAAAGUUACACAGUAAGUUAACUAAAAUCCCAAAAAAUAUAUACAGGGUGUUCAUUUUAAAACUUACCACCCCCCUUGCCAUUUAAGAUUUUCUAGGGGCCGGGAGGUUGAAAGGGGGGAGGUGAAUUUUGUAUAACAACUCAUCCCCCUUCAAAUUAUAGUUGACGUGUUUCAGGGAUUUUUUCGAAAAUUUUCCAACUCCGAGAUAAUAGGGUUGGUGAGUUUCAAAAUAAACACCCUGUAUAUUUAUUUCAACUGUUCCAAAUUUAGCUUUUUAGAUUGGCUGGUAGAUUUUUUGACAAUGGCAGUAGAAAGUAGGUUAUAUGCCAACAUUAUAACUGAUCACUAUUAUUAUCUGCCAAAAGCACAAUUUCUCUCCACUAUACAGGGUGUUUUUGAGAGGCGGUUUGUCUCCAUAACAUUUUUGAGUGGUCAAAUAAACAAAUUCAUUUUGGUACAAUUAAAUAAUAAAAACAUGAAAGUUAUUGAGGCAAGCCAUAUGUUAAAGACACUAAGUAUGUAUAUAAAUUGUUUAUGCAAUUCAAAAAUUAUUUCAAUAUUCUAUAUGUAUUUUUUGGCAGUAAGAUAUCUAUUUUUGUAAUAUAGAAUAUUGAUAGUAGUUUUUUUAGUGAAAAAGUAGAUAUUUCCUUAAUUAAGGUAAAAACUAGGGAACAGUUUUAAUUUUCGUGAAAAAAAAGUUACACAUAAAAAGGUAUUUUUCACACUUCUGGGUGAAAAAAUUCGUUAGCCAUAGUAGAAGAACACUUCGACACAUAAUAUUUAAUCUGCAAUAAUUUAUUGUAGGAAGAAAUAAUGCCCAUUAUGCUUCGGAAAUAAAUAUGAAAGAUAAAUUGCCAUUCAAAGAAUAUCAUUACGAUUUCAAUGUUGUAAUUAUGGUUUUUUUGGGGGGAAAGUGUUGAUUUAAACAACAAUUUUUAUUAAGUCUGUAUUCUUUGAGUAGUGAUUGAAAAAAAAGUUCUGUGAUUAUAUUAAAUAUAAUUAAUUUAUAAAAAAAAUCAUAAAUCAUUUUGAAGACCAGUAAAGUUAUCAUACAUUUAAUUUGCAAAUGUACAGAAAUUUAGAGGAUAUAUUAUAAAGGAAUUGAAGUUAUAUGUAUGUACUUAUUAUGUAUCAAAUGGGUAUGUAGAUAUAUACAUAUAUUCAAAUAGAGAAAAAAUGUCCAAAUUCAAAACUAGAAUGAAAAAUUAUACAAAAAAAAAAAACUAUUAAACCAUUAUUUAAAUAAAAUCAAAGAUGUUUUUAUUACCCUACCACUAAUCCAUAAUAUAUUGAUUUAAAUGCGACAUUGAGUAGUACUAGAUACAUCUGACGUAGAUAAUGCUCUGAUUUUUUUUGCGACUUUCAAACCUGCUAUGUAACAUUUUUUAAUGAGAUUGGAUUGUUGAUUGAAAAACACAUAAGCACUAUAUCUGCACUGGCAUACAAUAGAGGCCUUAAACGGUCGUAGUACUCGUAGUCUUCUUCACCAGCCGUAUCAGUUAGAAUUAAAUUGACAGACCAAGGUUGCAUACUCAAAACCUGCUGAAAAAUUAAUGGCGAUUUCCAUUUGUCAAUCAGUGCGCACUGAGUGUAUCCGCAUCUUUUUCUAAAAGCAUGUAACAAGUGAGGAUAAGGAUAAAUUUUUUUUGCACUGCGUGCGUACCUAUAAUGGCG